AUGUUGUCGUGGCGGUGGGUGUUCUUUGCAGGCACUUGUGCUGCAACUGUCUCGAUCAAUCAUGCUUCUCAACUCCCUUCCAAUGCGUCUCAUGUUCUGCAGCCCUUUCCAAUGCCGCUGUGUCAUGGUCUUCCCCUUGAAGACGCUGGUGUUGCACAAAUUCAGCGGUGGUACGACAGUCAGGCAUUGACUGUGCGUCAAGUCGUUGAGUGCUACUUGGGAAGGAUAGCCCAGGUCGAUCGUUACGUUCGUGCCGUUAUGGAACUCAACCCAGACGCCUUGUCGAUCGCCGAUAACCUCGACAGGGAGCUCAGAGCCGGAAAAAAACGCAGUCCUAUGCAUGGGAUUGUUGUGCUGGUCAAAGAUAACUUCGCAACCAAGGACAAGAUGCAAACCACAGCAGGCAGCCUUGCUCUCGUUGGGAGUAUCGUGCCUCGAGACGCUCACGUAGUCAGUCUCAUGCGAAAAAAUGGCGCUGUCAUUUUAGGCCACGCAGGAAUGAGUGAAUGGGCGGAUAUGCGGAGUACAUCAUACUCAGAGGGCUAUAGCGCAAGAGGUGGACAGGUUCGCAACUCUUAUAACCUCACGCAAGAACCGGGCGGCUCGAGCUCUGGUUCUGGUCACUCUGUCUCAACAAAUAUGGUGACCAUUGCGUUUGGAACCGAAACGGACGGCUCUGUCAUUUCGCCUGCCGAACGCUCCAACAUCGUCGGAAUAAAGCCCACCGUGGGGCUUACCUCGCGCGCCGGGAUAAUCCCUGAAAGUUCUCAUCAAGACACUGUUGGAGUCUUUGGAAGGACUGUCGAAGAUGCUGCUUAUGGACUCGAUGCCGUGUUUGGUCUCGACUAUCGGGACGACGCGACCCUAGAGCAGCUUGGGAAGACACCACAAAACUACGUGCAAUUCAUACACGACAAGAGCGCACUGAAAGGAAUGAAGGUGGGGAUUCCGUGGGAGCGGUUGUGGACGGGCAAGACUACAAGUCACCAGCUUCCUGUACUGCUGGAAGCGAUUGACAUCUUGAAGCAGCACGGUGUCGAAGUUUAUAACAACACGAACUACAAGUUUGUCAAGGAGAUCGUAUCGCCAGACGGUUGGAACUGGGCAUACGGUCCAGUGAACCAAAGCGAGCUCACUGUCGUCAACGUCGACUUCUACAACAAUAUCAAAGCAUACCUGUCUGAGCUAGGCAAUACCACCAUGCGUUCAUUGGAGGACAUCGUUGCUUUCAACGAUGCUGGGGAGAAUCUAGCAAAUGAAGGCGGCCAACCCGAUGUCACAGCCGCCUUCGAAUCAGGACAAGAUGGCUUCCUAGCGUCCCUGGCAACACAGGGUAUAGAGAAUUCAACUUACAAACAAGCGUUGACAUGGUGUCGACGGACCUCGCGCGUGGAUGGGAUUGAUUACGCGCUUAAUCCUACUCUUCCAAAUGGCCAUCGUGUCCAUCUGGACGCAUUGCUCAUUCCUUCGGACGAUAACGGUCCAGGGACGAACAUCCCAGCACAGGCCGGAUAUCCAAUGAUCACAAUCCCCGUUGGGAUUGACGAUUGGCACACUCCCUUUGGCCUUUCGUUUGUGGGUACAGCAUUCAGUGAACCCACUCUGAUCAGGAUUGCUUCUGCGGCACAACACGCUUUGGGCCCCCACAGACGGGUCAAACCAACGUUCCACGAGUACAACGCAACAAAUAUCCCAGUCAAUUGGGCUAUUGGGACUUAUUUGUGA